GCCUACGGAACGCGUAUUAGGACCGGCUGCACCAUGAGAGCGACUUCUGCUGUGCUUACGGCACUGACUGCGCUUAGCGCCUAUUAUGUGUACUCUCCUCUACCCAGCACAGUGUCCGAGCCCUGGAAGCUCAUGCUGCUCGAUGCCACCUUCAGAUGUGCCCAGGAUCUGAGCAAUUUGGCCCACUAUUUUGGCUUCAGUCAUCAUUUGAGAGUCCUGAAUUUUGUUUCAAGCUAUUUUGACAAGUUGGAUCCUGUAUCUUCGGAGCAUUUAAAAGUCACAGAUACAGUGUUUGAUGGGGUGGAAGUCAGAAUCUUUGAACCCAAAAGGGGUUUUGAUAAGAAUUUGAAAAAAGCCAUUGUAUAUAUCCAUGGUGGAGGAUGGGCCCUGGGAAGUGCAAGAAUGAGGUCCUAUGAUAGUUUAUGCCGUAAAAUAUCUGAAGAUGUGAAUGCAGUUGUUGUUUCAAUUGAGUACAGGCUGGUGCCAGAUGUCCAUUUUCCUGAGCAAUUAAAUGAUGCACUUGCUGCCACCAAGUACUUUUUGCACCCUGAGGUGCUUGCAGAAUAUUCUAUCGAUCCAUUGAGAAUCGCAGUGUCUGGGGACAGUGCUGGAGGGAACCUAGCGGCUGCAGUCUGUCAGCAGCUAGCUGGAGAUAGCAGUGUAACAACCAAAGUGAAACUCCAAGCCUUGAUCUACCCCGUGCUGAAGGUUUUAGAUUUCAACACUCCCUCAUAUCAACAAAACAUGGACAUGCCAAUUCUUUCUCGAUUCGUCAUGAUAAAGUUUUGGCUCGACUACCUGAAUGGAAGCCACAGUUUUGCACAUUCAAUGCUGGUAAACAAUCAUACGUCACUUGACCUCAGUGAAACCAUAAGCUUACGGGAGCUAUUGAACUGGAAUUCAUUAUUGCCUCCAUCGUUCAAGAAAAAUUACAAGCCUGUUUUGCAAAGCCAAGGCACUGAUAAAAUAAUCAGUGAGGUGCCUGCAUUACUUGACUUGCGUGCAUCUCCACUGAUAGCCAAAAAGGAAUCACUUCAGCUUCUUCCAAAGACAUAUAUCUUAACUUGUGAGCAUGAUGUUUUAAGAGAUGAUGGCACAAUGUAUGCCAAACGCUUGGAGGAAGCUGGUGUUGAUGUUACUCAUGACCACUAUGAAGAUGGCUUCCAUGGAUGUAUGCUGUUUGCUACAUGGCCUACUUACUUUUCAGUUGGAGCAAGGACAAGAGAUGGCUAUGUAAAGUGGCUUAAUGAGAAUCUGUAGAUAAUUGGCACAUAUGGGUUCAUCACACAGGCUACUAACUUCAUGAAAAACAUGAAGCAUCAGUUUAUUUGUUUUUGUCUUCCUCCCAAUAUGAUUGUAUAUCUGUGCGGAUUUGCCCUUCUAAGGCUGAAAACAAUAUAUGCAGAUUUACACAGCGGGCACCCCUAGGCUUGCUGUCGUUUGUCGCCCCUGUCCUCUACCUUUUAUUUGCUUAAAUUUUCAUCAUUGGGACUGGACCAAGGGCGAUUUGCUCACGAGAGAUUUAAAAAACAAUUGUAUCUCCUGCUCAUCAGUGUUUCUUAACCAAUGUGGUUAUGGUUGGGCAACAUGCCGCCCCCUAAAAUCCUGCCGCCCUAGGCCCAGGUCUUGGUGGCCUCUCCAGAAAUCCGGGCCUGAGUAUAUGUGAAUUCCCAUUUUGUCAGAUCGCAUUAGUUCUAAAUACAGCAGUCAUUAGAUCGCCUCUUUCACAGGGCUUCUGUUCCAUUAAACAGUGCAAUCUACCAUUUCUUCUUUCUGCAGGCAGAAGAGGAAAAUUAAAAACAAAUAGCACAAAUACUUCACUUAAUUCUAAUUCCAUACAUAAACUAAAAGUGUCUGGUUUGAAGGAUAGAUUAGGGUCAUGGGGUAACAUAAGAUGUACAGUGUUGCUUUCUGGAGCUUUAUGGUUUAUUGUUUGUGUUUUCUGUUUUUAAAACAAGGUAUUUUAUUUUAUUACAAUUAAAUUGUAAAACAU